GACCCCCCCCUUCUGCCCCCGAUUCCCCUUCUCCUCCCCGAGACCUAAACCUAGCGCAGCGGCGGCACGAGUGAGGAGCGAGGCACCCAGCGGCGGCGCGAGCGAGGCACCCAGCGGCGGUGGCGCGAGCGAAGCACCCAGCGGCGGCACAUGGAGGAGGGCGAGGUGGACGACGGCCAUGGGCGAGGCGGCCAUGGUGGGGAGGCAGGGGGCGGCCAACUCUUGGAGGACGGGCAAGGCCGCCAUGGUGGGGAGGCGGGGGGCGGCCAACUCCUGGAGGACGGGCGAGGCAGCCAUGGUGGGGAGGCGGGGGGCGGCCAACCCCUGGAGGACGGGCGAGGCGGCCAUGGUGGGGAGGCGGGGGGCGGCCAACCUGCUGACGACGGGCAAAGCGGCCAUGGUGGGGAGGUGGAGGGCGGCCAUGGUGGGGAGGCCGGCUGUGCGGCGGUCUCAGCCUUGCGUGGUAAAGGCGCAACACCAGAGCAAGGCCAAGUAUCACCGAGGGAUGCGGCUACAUCGGCUUGUCUAGAUGGGAUGGAUCAAAAUUCAACUUAUGUGCUAAAAAUCAAUUUGCUUGGCAACCCAAAAAAGGCUAGAAAGGAUAUCAAAUGCUUCUGUUUUGAUAAGGUUAUUGAUUCCGACUUAACAAAUUAUAAGGACUUGGUUGAAUCAAUCGUAGAGCAGUACUCGCCUCGUUAUUUGGAAGUUGCACAUGUUCAGUAUUAUGAUGAUGUUCUUAAAAUCUACCCUGAAGUAACAUCUGACCAAGAAUUGGUGCCGAUGUUUGAGAAACACUCUAAGACAAAGGUUGUGCACAUGUUUGUUGCAUAUUGUGAUCCAUCGGAACCAUAUGAGCCUAUAACGGAGUGGCAUAGUGAUGCGCAUAGCCAACCUAACAACAUAGAACAAGAUAAUGAUGAUGAUUAUCUUCGCAACCCAGUACCUGAGAAUGAGCAUGUUGGUGUUGAUGAGGAAAAUAUUUAUUUAGAGGAUGAACCUGUACCUCUUAUCAUGGUUCCUUGUUCCAACAAAGAAAAGGACAAAGACUAUGUUCCUGAUCAUGAGAGCGAGGUUGAGAGCGAGGUUGAGAGCGAGGAUGAGAGCAUGUCAGAGGUUGAAGUAGAGGAAGAUGAGGAAUAUCACGAGGCAGAUCAUGCACCACACAUUGAAUAUAAUAAAUUAGAUCCUCCAAUGAACGAAGGAAGAAAAUAUCCCAAUAUGGCAGAGUUUAAAUUGGCGCUUUCUCAGCAUGCAAUCAAACAUGAAUUUGAGUUUGACACCGAAAAGAGUGCACCACAUAGGUUCAGAGCUUAUUGUUCAAGAAGGGAUGAAGAUAAGUGUCCAUGGAGGAUAUAUGCUUCUACAAUGGAAGAUGAGUGCACAGUAAUGGUGAGAAAGAACCCUUGUGGUCAUGAUUGCUCUAGUACAAAAAGAAAAAAGAAGUUGAAGAAUGCAAACAAGCGGUGGAUAUGUGAGCACGUGAAGGACUGGCUAAUUGAGGAUGCAACUCUAGGACCAAAGGCAUUGCGAAAGAAGCUUAAAGAGCAUCAUGGAAUCGACAUCAACUCUAAGAGAGUCUAUAUGGGUAAGCUGCUAGCCUUGAAGGAACUAUAUGGUGAUUGGGAUACAAGCUUUGAUAAUCUUUAUAGUUUCAAGUCGCAAAUUGAAAGUUGCUGCCCCGGUAGCAUAGUGAUCAUUGAUCAUCACACAACAAAAGAUAAAAUCAGAUUUAAAAGAAUUUUUGUUGCUUUGAAGCCUUGCAUCGAUGGGUUUCUUAAUGGCUGCAGGCCAUACUUGGCAGUAGAUAGCACCUUCUUGACAGGCAGGUUCAAGGGGCAGCUGGCUAGUGCUACCGCCGUUGAUGGCCAUAGUUGGAUGUAUCCAGUUUGUAUGGGUGUUUUUGAUUCUGAAACUAAUGAGAAUUGGACCUGGUUCAUGCAAAUGGUUAGACAAGCUAUAGGAUCCCCAAGGGGUUUAACCAUAUGCACCGAUGCUGGGCAACCAGUGAUGACAGGUGUAAAAGAAGUGUUCCAAGAGGCUGAACAUAGGGAAUGUAUGUUUCACUUGGUGUCCAACUUCAAGAAGAAGUUUCAUGGAAAGGUGUUUGAUGACCACCUUUGGGCUGCUGCUUACUCAUGGAACCCAUAUAUAUUUGAAAAAAAUUGGGCUGCAAUGGACAUAGCAAAGCCAGCGGCAACUGCAUAUCUUAGGAGGUGGCACACUAGGUUGUGGUCUAGGAGUCAGUUCUCAACAAUUUCCAAGGUGGAUUAUGUUACAAACAACUUGGCUGAGUGCUUCAAUAAUUGGAUUAAGCAUCACAAGUCCUUGAACUUGGACGACUUCUUUGAUAAGGUUAGGCAGAUGAUUAUGAUCAUGUGGAACCGAAGGAGGAAAGUAGCAAGGAAGUUGGUUGGGUUGAUUCUUCCCCACAUAAUUAAGAAGUUGAAUGCAAAGACUAGAGAAUUAAACUUGGAGGUGGUAGAAAGCUCAGAAGAAGUCGCUGAAGUGACAGCAUUGGGAGGCAGCGGCUUAGGUUUGUGGUCAACUUGCUUGACAGGACAUGUUCUUGUAGACAAUGGCAAGUUUCUGGCCUUCCUUGCAAGCAUGGUCUAG